UCCGUCCACCGGUUUACAUAGUCGAAAAGCAGACAGCUCAACAUAUCUACGAAGAUUGAUAGAAUUUACGUUGGACUUGACAGAAAACAACUGCGCGUUUAAUGGAAUGCGACAGGAUAAGGAUAGCUGGGCAGUUAAUUAGACCCAUAAGAAAAGAAAAUGGGGAAACCACAGGCACGUGAUUUAGAAGAAGAGAAUGUGGAUUUAUUAAGUCUGGGAGUUGAAGUCAACACAAAAUGGCUCCUGAUAUGGAGAGGAGUUAAUGCUUUUAUGUCAUUAUUUUUUGGACUGGCAACUGCAGCAAAUGUUAAUGAUUCUGACUGGUACUUAUGGGUGCCAAUUUAUUUAGUGCCGACUGUUCUGUGCCUGGUUCUUGUGAUAAAUCCUAUAUUUUCAGAAACCAACUGGUGGAGGUACACAGCCUUGUUUCACUUUAUUCUGUGCCUGGCAUAUGUGGUGUAUCUGAUUGUGGUAGUCAUUGAGAUCAUUUUUGGGAAAAAAGUCAAUCCCCUGAUCCAUGAAGAAGGAAGGGAAUUCUUUGGUUUGCUGAUUGUCAUGGCGUGGUUGGCAGUGUGUAGAUUUACACCAUUUGGAAAGUCCACCCAGAUGAAAGGUACGAAACAUGCUCUCCUGUUGGUAAUUAGCAUCAUAGCUCUCCUGCCCUUGGUCAUGUGGUCAUUCUGUGUGGUGGAGGAUUGGGGUCAGAAGUUUGGACAUUGCCAUGGCAUGUUCGUGGAUAAAGAACUAUAGAAUGGUUGGUCACAGUCGGAAUCAGAGAUGGCUAUACUAUAUAUAGAACUAUGUGCUUUGCAUACUGAUCAUUUCAUGUUUGAAUGUGCGGGGAACAUUUGUGAAAAUUCAAAAUGUGAUAUCAGCAAGUUUGUAAACCAUCAGCAUUAAAAUUUUACAGCAAUUCUAAAAAAGCAUAUAUUUAGCUGGCAUGAAUAUCCUUGUGAGGGUGUUAAUCAUCGCACCGAAUGUAACGUAAUUGUUGACAAACUGAUUAUUGUGGUGUAAGAUAUCUGUACUGUAACACUUUGAUAAGACAAAGUCAUGUCACAUGCAGCAUGUGUUAUAAAUAUUUUAUAAACUGAAAAUAUACCAGUGUGAGUAUGCCAUUUAUCAACACAGAGCUCCCGUGUAAACUCUUUCUUUUUUUUUUUUUUGUAUGGGUAAUGGUUUAUGAAUGAUUAUGUUCUGUUUAAAUUAAUUCUUAUACACAAUAAAAAUACAUCAGAUCUUUUACUUAUUCUUCCAAAUAACACAGACCUGUAAAAAGUGUAUAAACAUGUGUAUAUAUGUGUGUUUUGUUACAGCGCUAAUACAAGAGUGUGGUUUGUUACUGUUUAGUGUUUUUAUUAAAUCUUUUUUGUUUAUAUCAGAAAAUGAUGUUUUUUGACAUAUUUUUAUGAGGUACCUAUAUGCUGUGUUAUUUGUAAUUUUCUUGAGAUGUCUAUAAAGUCAGACUUUCUGUACACAAUCAAACUUGAAUAGCAGAAUGUAAAUCUUUUAAAUUUUGUUAAAAUAUAUUUUACUUUUGAAGGAAAUACAUAUUCGUGUUCGAAACAAGUGAUGGCGUAUGAUAUUGGUGUAAUUUAAUUAUAAAAAUGUGAUUGUAUAGUACAGGAAUACUAUAUAGGGCGCAAUCAUGUUGUGUAGGCCUCCAUUUUGACUGCUCAGGCUUGCCGUGAUGUCCCAGUACUGGUAUGUAUGUAUAUGUGUCACUGCCGGAUGGCCUGUAGGCAUGUAAUUCAUACACAUCACACAGAACACAAAAGUAAAAGUUCCCUAAUAUGCAGUUUGCCUGAGGUAACGGAAUUUCACAUGAUGAUGUUUUUGUCGACAGUUGUUUCCGUAAUGUCUUUUUUUUUAUUUGCUUUUAGCCCGUCAUCCAUUAAAUAGAUCC